UCUUUCAGAUUUAAAAAAUGGCCAAAUACCUUUUAAAAACAUGCUGUGCUUGUGGAUCCUUAAGAACUGGUACCAUCAUAGCUGGAGUAGCAGCAAUAAUACUGUCCAUCUUAGGAAUAAUAGUGGUUUUGGCAGUUAGAGUAGACCUAAAAACAAUUGUAUUUGACUGGUUACCAAAAUGGGCAGUUCAUCUAAUCAUAGUCCUAAAUUUGGUUAUGACGAUAAUACUAUCAAUUUUAAUGGUCAUCGGUGUUGCUAAGCGAAAUUGGUACUUAAUGAUUCCUUGGGUGGUUCUUGGUGGUAUGUUAGCAGUAGGUCUUCUGGUAUCGAUCUUAAUAAACAGCAUCAAGUUCUACAUUGACGGGGAUAAUUUAAAUGGAACUCUUUGGUUGGUGUUGGGAUUGUUAUCUUUAGUUGUAUAUUGUUAUAUGUGGUACGUCAGCUUCAGCUUCUUCUCAAACCUAAGAGAAGAAUCAGAUAAGGGUAAAUACUCAAGAGAUCCCUUUAGGAGGCAACGAAUUUAGUUCAUAGAAAAUCGUUAUGUUGUUCUUAACGAAUUAAGG